GCCAUUUGUAGUCAUGCCCGGAGCAGAAGAGGCACCUCUGGUCACACCAGGAAUUGAGAAAAUGCCUGUGUCCCAGUGGCAGCAUGUUCAGGUACAGCAGCUUCCUUUCAUGGAUCAGCAACCUGGGUUUUCCCAGGAACCUAUACCACAGUCCUAUGUACCACUAUGGCAUGAGGUCCCACAGCAACAGUACCAGGGGCUGCAAGAUCAGGUGGUGGAACCGCAGCCCUGGGAUCCGGAAUGUCAUAGACAGUUGCAGCCCAGCAUGCCCCUGUGGACUCAGGCUGAACAGCCCCAGAGGCCCACAUCUGAACAGAAGGUCCUGAGGUUGCAAAGCAACCCUGCUGCUGAACAUAUGAAAAGACCUGAAGCUGAAGUACAGCCUGUCCUGGCAGAGUGCCAAGAGAGCUCCGUCCUGGUGGCGGUGCAGAGGGACCUGCUGGGCUUCGGCCGGCUGAUCCAGCCCGCUGAGGUGCACUUGGGAGGCUGUGCUCCAAAGGGGCAGGAUGCUUCUGCUCAGCUGCUGCUGUUCGAGUCGGAGCUCCAUGGCUGUGGCAGCACCCUAACGAUGACCGAAGAGUUCCUUGUGUACACCUUCACCCUGAAGUACGAACCACGAGAACUGCUCUCUGCUCCUAUUGUGAGGACGGACAGUAUGACGGUCAGCAUCGAGUGCACCUACUCGAGGAAACACAAGGUGAGCAGCAGCACCCUAAAGCCAACCUGGAUCCCCUUCUACACGUCGGUGUCUGCAGAGGAGCUCUUUGUCUUUUCCCUGAGGUUCAUGAAUGAUGACUGGCUGUCGGAGAAGGCUUCCAAAGUCUACGUGCUGGGAGAUGUCAUGAACAUCGAAGUCUCGGUCUCAUCAGCCAACCACAUACCUCUCCGCAUCUUCGUGGAUAGCUGCGUGGCAACCUCAGCUCCAGACGUGAACGCCGCUCCCAGAUAUACCUUCAUCCAGAACCACGGCUGUCUGACUGACGCCAAGAUGACGGCCUCGCGCUCUCGGUUCAUGCCCAGAACCCAAGACGAUAAGCUGCACAUGCAGCUGGAUGCUUUCAGGUUCUCUCAGGCCCCUCACAGCUCAGUUUACCUUACUUGCUUCUUGAAGGCAUCUGCAGCUUCUGUUCCCAGCGACUCCCAGUACAAGGCCUGCUUCUUCUCUGCCCCAGCUAACAGGUGGAUGGCUGCUGACGGGGACAGCAGUGUGUGCUCCUGCUGUGACUUUGACUGCAGCCCCAGGAAGGCCAGACGUCUGGCUGACUCAGCAAUGUACUGGGAAGGCCAAUCGACCCAUGGCCCAGUCUCUGUCCUUGAGAAGCCUGUGCAGAAUGAUCUCCUCCCACAGCAGAGGAUGUUUAAGUGGUGAGCCACAUGGUAAACGGAGACCAUGAGGAAAUGAAAUGGUUAUGGUGGACAACCUGUUCUCCAAGGAGUCACAUCUGAAUAUGUGGUUCUGGCUGGACUGGGGGGGGGAGUCACAGUACUGCUCUGUAUAAGUGCUGGAAACUUUUCUUCAAAUGAGUGGAUUUAAACUUCAAAAUAAAAAAAUUAAACAAUU